AUGGAUUCUGACGAUGAGUCAGAUGAAUCUACUCGCGUAACUAUUGCCGAUCCAACAGAAGAUAUGAAACCUGAGGAUUAUAUUUUAGCGUUUCCUGUAACAGAACACUUGCGAAAGGUAUUCGUCCUGAGCUUAAUAGCCUGUAACUUUCUUUCCGUCAAUUUUGCCCUUGUUUUUUUCAUGCUAAGUUGGUACGUCCAAAAUUCUCUGGAAAAGCAAAUAACAUUUCUACAAGACUUUUACCAACCUCAAGCGAUUCCUGUUAUCAUGGCAAUAUCAGGCUGCGUAAUGUUCUUUUCAAGCCUUAUUGGGAUUAAGUCUGCCAUAGGCGGUGGAUCUGUAGAGGACGCUGAAUCAGCUAAAUCAGCUGCAUGGUACUUUAUGGUCUACUGCGGAGCUGCUGCAGCUACGGUUUUCGUUGUGUGCUUCGCUGGCUUCACAUGCUUCAUGGAAAUUCGGACUUUAGAAGCUGCUUUGGGCAUGGGUCUACAAGCCGGCAUGGAGAAAUAUCGGACAGAAAUAGCAGUGAAAGAAGAAAUAGACGCUCUGCAAGAGGAUUAUAAGUGUUGUGGAAUUGAUUCUUAUAAGGAUUGGUAUGAUGUGUCAUGGACUGAAGUUAAAUACCUUGAUACGUUGGAGUCUGUAGUCAAAAAGUAA